AUGACGGCUAGCUCGGAAAAGCGAUCGCCCUCUCCCCCUGGCUCUGACCCAGAGAAAUCCAGCGUGCAAGAGAAGGAGAAGGUCGACGUUCAGGUCUACAAUGCUGGUAUGGACAUCAGCGGGGUAGACGAGAAGAAGUUGAUUCGAAAGAUCGACCUCGCCCUCAUCCCCUGGCUGUCGUUCCUGUACCUUCUCAGCUUCCUCGACCGUAGCAGUAUUGGAAAUGCCAAGUUGUACAAUCUUGAAGCCGAUCUCAACAUGACAGACAAGCAGUACCUCUUGACCCUGACGAUUUUCUUCUUCAGUUAUGCCGUAUUCGAAGUGCCUUCCAACGUCUUCUUGAAGCGCCUCCGUCCGUCCGUCUGGUUGUCAUUUCUAAUGCUGUUUUGGGGUAUCAUGAUGACCCUCCAAGGAAUCGUCCACAACUACCCCCAGCUUCUCGCUAUGAGAUUCCUUUUGGGCCUGUUCGAAGCUGGGUUAUUCCCAGGUGUCAGCUACUACCUUUCGUGCUGGUAUAAGCGCUCCGAGUUUGGUCUGCGUGCAGCUUUGUUCUUUUCUGCCGCUACCGUAUCCGGGGCUUUCGGGGGUCUUCUCGCGGUCGCCAUCGCGAAAAUGGACGGAAUCGGCGGCAAGCCAGCUUGGGCGUGGAUCUUCAUCAUUGAAGGCCUUGCCACCGUCGUCGCCGGGGCCGUCUCUUUCUGGAUAAUCCAGGACUUCCCGGACACUGCCAAAUUCCUCACGGAGGCUGAGCGCACGGUCGUCAUCCGGCGCUUGCAGGGCGAUAAUCAGCAUAGCGCUGCUGGGGAGAACUUCAGGAUGCAUUAUAUCUUGAUGAGUUUGAAGGAUUGGAAGACUUAUAUAGGAAUGGCGAUCUACUGUGGUUGCGUUAUGCCUCUCUAUGCGUUCUCGCUCUUCUUGCCUAGCAUCAUCAACCAGCUCGGAUACACCGCGACGCCUGCGAACCUGCUGACCGUCCCGGUAUACGUCUUCGCCUGCAUCAUAACGUGUGGUGUUGGCUUCGUCGCCGAUAGGUUAGGUAAACGAGGCUAUUUCAAUAUUGGGUUCUUGUGCUUAGGAGCUGUUGGCUACAUCAUUUUGAUUUGUUCAAAGAAACCAGCCCUCUCCUAUUUCGCCACCUAUAUGGCUACCUGCGGAAUUUAUCCUGUCAUCUCGAACACCAUUACCUGGAUGUCGAACAACGUGGAAGGCUCCUAUAAGCGUAGCGUAACGCUUGGUAUGGUUAUCGGCUUCGGCAAUCUUAAUGGAGCCGUGAGUUCCAAUGUGUAUCGCGCUCGCGAUAAGCCAUGGUAUCCUUUGGGUCAUGGGCUUGUACUGAUGUACAUUGCCAUCGGCCUCAUCGCAUCUACCGCCUACGUGUUCCUGCUGAAACGGGAGAACGCCCGACGCGAGCGAGGAGAAAGAGACGAAGUCAUAGAAAACCAGCCCGACACACAUGACGCGAAGAACGAGAAGAACGGACGAUUCGAGACGAUCGAGGACGCGAAACGCAACAAGGGAGAUGAGUGGAGUGGGUAUCGAUACACGAUCUGA